AUGGGUAUAAUCACACUAAAUAUCACCAAAACCCUCAAAACAUCCGACGACGUCUCAUCUACGUCCACCACCCCUCCGACCCUUGUUGACACCUCCGCUCGACGUGGGUCCUCCCCGUCUUCGGUCCUCGCCGAGGCCCUUGCGGCCGGCGGCAAUACCACCCUUGCCGCCGCGUCCGCCACGACCGCCACGGCCGCCACGAUCGCCACCGCGACCACCACGGUCCUGACCACCACGUCCGCCGCGGAAAGGCCUGCCGCCGCCCCGGCUCUUGUCAACCUGAGCCUUGACGACCGCAGCUUCGCCAUCGUCCAAGUCCUCCAUUUCUUCAUCGUCCUGUCCACGCUUGUUGCUGAACUUGAGCUUGCCGCGGAGACCCCUCUUGGCGACGUCCUUGCCCUUGAGCGCGGCGACGUAAGCGUUGACGCCGGAGCCGUCGUUCUCGGCGCCGUCGACCUCCAUCGCCUCGUCGUCCUUGCCGAGGAUCAGCUUGCCGUCAAGAUCGGUGCGGGCCUUGGUCUUGGUGGGCUUGCGCAUCUUGACGGGCUUGGUGGACGAGAUGUUGGCCAGGGCGUUGCGGUCGAGCAGAUCAAGCGGCUCAUCCUCGUCUUCGACGAUAUACGUGUUACCGCCCUUCCGGUUGGCGCGCUUGCCCUUGGGGCCUGCGGCCGCGCCCUCGUCGUCGGACUCGUCGUCGGAGCCUUCCGAGUCGCUGCUGUAGAGAGCCUGGUCCAGCUCGUUGUCGAACUUGCGUCCCUGGCGGCCAUCCUCUUCGUCACUCUCCUCGCCAGCCUGCUUGGCGGCGUCCUUCUUCUUCUUACUGCGCUCCUUGGUCUUGCGGAUGUUGACGAUGAGCUUCCUGUCGCUUUCAGGACAGUUCUGGUUGAUGAGGUCGAAACCGAACUUGCGUACCAUGCGCUCCAGGAUAUGCCUGACCUUGCUCUUGAAGUGGCCCUUGUGCUCGUGGCUCCAGAUGAUGAGGUUGGGAACAAGAGACGACAGGCGAGGGAUCACGAGUUCCGAGGGAAGACUGACGACGCAGAUCUUGACGAAACCCAAGACACUCUUGACGAUCUCGCGGUUGUUGGAGGUCAGGAAGAGAUCCAUGGUUUGGACAAGGUCGGCAAGAGUCUGUGUGCUCAGGGACCUUCUGAACUCGUAAAGCACACGGCUGAGGGCGGUGAUGGACGCAGAGAUCAUGUGGGGGGUGCUACCAACAAGACCAGCGCUGACCAUGGUGAGGAACUCCUCCAGGUUGGCCUUGCCGGCGGGCGCGUCCGCAGGCAUGUGAGGGACCUUGGUGUUGUCAAUGGGAGCGCCGUUCGCAGCCUCCAUGCGGUGACCAAUCUGAACAAGAAGAUCGUAAGCAGCCUCUCUGGCGCGCUCGUUGUUCUCCUUGCAGCAAAUGACGACCUCGCUAAGGAUGGACGGGACGAAGUGGAGAGAGGUGUCGGGGAUAUAAGGGAGGAGGGCAGACAGGGCGCCCAGACGCUCUCUACGAGCAGGAGCCGACACCUUCUCAGCACUCGUCAGGAACAUUUGCUGCAGCUCGUCGCUGCGUGCUUCGAGUGCCAGUUUGCCGGUUUCGGACUCGGCAAGACGAGGGACCAACUUCUGCGGCUCAUUCUCUUUGAAGAUGAUGACAGUAGCGAUCUCGAACAGGGCCGUGUAGCUCUCGCGGGGCAGAACAGCAAGCAUAUUGCCAGCGAAGCUGCCCAGGUGCUCCAGGUUCUUCUUCGCAGUAGCUCUGGAGACACGGCUUUGGAGCACCAGGUCCUCCUCGCUGUCAUCCUCAAUGGUAGCAAUGGCCUGAUUGGACUCGAUGAGGAUCUUGAGCGCUCGGCAAACCUCAAGACGCAACUCGACUUGCUUGUACAGAAUGUUUGCGAGAAGCUCAGCGAAGGACUGGUCAAACGCCUCUGUUACAUCAAGCGGGAGAUCGCAGUAGCCAGGCAGGGUUGCCCAAAUUUGCUGCACAAGAGUCUCAAAGAUCUUGACUUCCAUAGUCUUCUCCGCCUUGCCGUGGUCCAGCACCCGUUGGAACAUGAGUUCACUGAGGGGCACCAUCUCUUGGCGGAAAUGAGCAAGGUUGGUGUUGCUAAGGUAGUCGCGGAGGAUGGGGAACAUCCACGCGCGACCCUGCUGACCCUUGGCGGGCUUAGCGAUGUUCAGAGGCAGUAUGGAGAGAACAGCCUCGGGACCCAUGGCGCGGAUGGCCUUUCCAAUGACUUCGUCAGCCUCCUUCUUGCCCUGGAACGAGUCACUACCACGGAGCUCUCCGACGGCCUUGGUGAUGUUGAGCAUCAUCGGGCCUGCUGGUACUUGACGCUGAGCAAAGAUUCGGCAAUCUUGGCGAUCUUGUCCAGUGUCUUCUCGUCGUAG